AUGGGGUUGGGAACCAAGUACAAAUGGUUGUUGAAUGGACUGGGACGGUUGUCUCUAAGUUUGUCUGCUGUGGAAGGACUUGCGGAUUACGACGCUUUCAAGGUCGCGCUACUGGAUAUCAUGUCCGCGAUGUACGGCACUAUUGCGAAGACUGAAGCUUGUCCGCAUAUGGCGGCAACUAAAUCGAAACCCCCUUCGUCUUGUCCGUAUGCGCGCAUGGCAGCGUUUGCGUUGUCCCUCAAGUCCCCCACUCUGGAGGCGGGGUUUGAUCCCAUAGAGGCCAUCUACCUGCUGCAUAGCUUAGAGUUGUUAGCACAGCUCGAUCCGAGCAAGUCACAAAGAUGCCCACAGCUUUCAAUGUCAAAAUGA